AUGAGGGCUGGUGUUGAUGUCUUUGCUCUUGACUAUGAUGCUAUUAUUGCUGCCAUGUAUGCAUUGACUGUUAGUGCCGAGGGAGACUGUUACUUGUGUGUGCCGCCUGACCCAGGUAUAGAGCCCGCUGCCCUGGGUACUAGUGAGUCUGCUCUCUCUGGUAUGGUGCCCCCUGUACUUGCUCCCUCCAGUGCUGUCCCGACUGUUUGCGAGUCUGCUCUCUCAGGUACAGCACCCACAGAGACUGCUCUCUCAGGUACCGCACCGGCUGAGGCCUGUCACACCUUCACCCUUGACUCAGGUGCUUCCCGUUGCUUCUUUCGUGACAGUACUGAGCUCACACCGCUUCCUGCACCGGUCCCAGUCUCCUUGGCUGACCCCUCUGGGGGCCCAGUCCUUGCCCAGUCCACCACUGUCCUCCCUUGUCCGGCGGUUCCGUCUGGCUCGUUGUCGGGUUUCCACCUCCCCUCGUUCUCGACGAACCUGGUGAGCAACGCUGUCCUCCAGGAUCAGUGGGUUGACACCUUUACCCCUGGCGGACAGCGUGUGGCGAUCUGCACGUGCUCCAGGACUGGCCGUCACCUGGCUACGUUCACCCGUCGGCCGGGGUCGAGUCUCUACACACUGACCACUGCGUCUCCCCAGGUAGCUGCUGUCGGUCAGGUGUCUGCGUCAGGUCUGGUGGCCCACGCCUGUGAGUGUCGUUCCCUGUCGCACCAGACUCUUCUCUGGCACCACCGCCUGGGUCACCCCUCCUUGCCACGCCUUCGUGGCAUGCACCGUCGCCUCCUUGUGUCCGGUCUUCCCAGGUCCCUCCCUCCCCUCCCUGCCUCGCCUGCGCCGCCUUGCCUUCCUUGCGUCGAGGGGCGGCAGCGCGCCGCUCCUCACUCCUCCUCGUUCCCCCCGACAGAGGCUCCUCUGGAGACCCUCCACCUGGACGUGUGGGGCCCAGCCCGCGUUCGUGGUCAGGGCGGUGAGCGGUACUUUCUGCUGGUUGUUGACGACUACUCGCGUUACACCACGGUCUUCCCCUUGCGCACCAAGGGUGAGGUCCCUGCUGUUCUGAUCCCUUGGAUCCGCACGGUUCGUCUCCAGCUCCGCCGCCGUUUCCGGACGGAUCUUCCUGUCCUGCGUCUGCACUCUGACAGAGGUGGUGAGUUUUCCUCCGAUCUUCUGAGGACCUUCUGUCAGGCAGAGGGCAUCGAGCAGACCUUCACGCUUCCGGACUCCCCACAGCAGAAUGGGGUUGCUGAGCGCCGUAUUGGCUUAGUCAUGGAGAUCGCUCGUACCUCCUUGGUCCACGCGGCGGCUCCCCAUUUUCUGUGGCCGUUUGCUGUCCGGUACGCCGCGCAUCAGCUCAACCUCUGGCCCCGUGUCUCCUUGCCGGAGACCUCGCCCACACUGCGUUGGACGGGGGAGGUUGGCGAUGCGUCGCGCUUCCGGGUGUGGGGUGCUCGUGCCCUUGUCCGCGAUACGUCCGCGGACAAGCUCUCCUCCCGCACGCUUCCCUGUGUCUUCCUUGGCUUUGUCCCUGACGCGCCUGGCUGGCAGUUUUACCACCCCACCUCGCGCCGGGUCUUCGCCUCUCAGGAUGUCACCUUUGACGAGUCGGUCCCUUUUUACCGUCUCUUCCCCUACCGCACUGCCCCCCUCCCUCCCCCGCCGCUUUUCCUUGCUCCUGGUCCCCCUCCGGUAGACCCCCUUCCCCCUCAGGGUCCUGCUCCUUCAGGUGUCUCUCAAGUAGACCCUCCUCCCGUCGCUGAGCCUGUCGAGGUCACAGGUGACUCAGGUGCUGCUGCGGGUGGUGCUGCUGGGAGUGCUGAGCCUGGGGGUGCUGAGCCUGGGGGUGCUGGGCCUGGGGGUGCUGGGGCUGCAGGUGCUGGGCACUAG